AUGGAUGAUGUCGAUUUGCGACAAGAAAUCCUCCAGCGGACUCUUAAAGAGGUAGCUGAUGAGGAAAAAGAGGCGGCAAAUCCUUGUGUUAUUUGCCUAGACACUAUCGCCGAGCCGUGUGUGGCACAGCCAUGCCAUCAUACGAACUUCGACUUUCUCUGCCUUGUCAGUUGGAUUGAGCAGCAACCCAAAUGUCCACUAUGUCAGAAUCCACAUAAACACACUUACUGCAGACUAAGCCUAGCUGACAAUAUAACAGGUAAAAUCGAGUUGACAGCAGUGCAAUACGAACUCAACGCCACACAAGGUCCGAAGUUAUACAAGCUCCCGCCCCCGAGCGCAGCAAUCCCGGCAGCUCCAGCCGCUGCUCGAUUGCGCCCUGGUAAUCGCUACGGCCCACGAGGGCGACGUCCUCCACCGCCGCCGCGACCACAGCCAGAUGACCCGCUCGAGCGCCGGCGCAAUGUCUAUCGCAACCAAACAUACUCCAUGCGAGUCGGAUCCAAUCGGUUGUCUCAGUAUCGAGAACUGACACCAGAGCUCUUUGCUCGUGAUGAGGGGCUCGUCUCCCGCGCUCGCAAGUGGAUCCGCCGUGAACUACGGGUCUUCUCUUUCCUGAACCCGGAACCGGAGGAAGUAGAGCGGACAUCUUACCAGGUCUCGCGCCCUGGGCCUCAACGGCUGGAGAGUCGCAGGGCAAAUAAUGCCGAGUUCUUGCUGGAAUAUGUCAUCGCUAUACUACGCACUGUCGAUCUCAAAGGCAGUGCUGGACAGGCGGAGGAUCUGUUGCGUGAUUUCAUCGGCCGCGAGAAUGCCUGUUUGUUCCUACAUGAAUUACAGGCGUGGCUGAGGAGCCCCUAUAAUUCUUUGGAGGACUGGGAUCGUCAUGUGCAGUACUCGAAUAGUCCGCGGAGUAUCAGAGGGUAUAGGGACUCUGACGGCUCAGCUCGUAGGUCGACUCCUGUGAGCUAUCGGAGUAGGCCGCAGAGGUCCGGGAGACCAUACAGGUCCAGGUCUCAAGAGGCCAUUGAUCGCUCCGGGCGGCUGCAACAGGCCCAACAGCGAUAUAAUCCUUAUUAG